GGUCGUUUCCUCGCCGUCGGUGCCAAGAGAAGGAGCUGCUUGCUGGAGACAUGAGUGGGCUCGCUUUGCUUUUGCGAGCGGCGCGAACGGCGCUCCCACCCGGGGCCAGGCUGUUUCGCACCGGCUGCCCUCGGCCCGCUUUUGUUAAGGAGCUUUUCCUGGGGAACUUCCAAGAGAAGGAAGUUUUUCCUUAUCCUGAAAUUAAUAAUGAAGAAUUGCAAGAAAUCAAUGACUUCGUAGCGCCAGUGGAAAAAUUCUUCAGGGAAGAAGUGGAUUCUAAGAAAAUUGAUCAAGAUGCUAAAAUUCCACAAGAAACUCUUAAUGGGCUGAAAAGUCUGGGCCUUUUUGGCAUACAGAUACCAGAGGAAUAUGGUGGCCUUGGCCUUUCAAAUACAAUGUAUGCCCGUCUAGGAGAAAUAACUUCUCAAGAUGGAUCCAUUGCCGUAACUUUGGCAGCUCAUCAGGCUAUAGGGCUAAAGGGGCUCCUGAUUGCAGGCACUGAGGAACAGAAGAAAAAGUAUCUACCUAAACUGGCUUCUGGACAGCACAUUGCAGCAUUUUGCCUCACAGAACCAGGAAGUGGAAGUGAUGCCGCAUCCAUUCAGACCAGAGCCACUUUGAGUGAAGAUGGAAAGCAUUACCUGUUAAAUGGUUCAAAGAUAUGGAUAUCCAAUGGUGGUAUUGCAGAUAUCUUUACUGUGUUUGCAAAAACUGAGGUGGUUGAUGAAGAUGGUGCAUUCAAAGACAAAAUUACUGCUUUUAUUGUAGAAAGAGCUUUUGGUGGAAUCACUAAUGGAAAAGCAGAGGAUAAACUGGGGAUACGUGGAUCUAAUACUUGUGAAGUUCACUUUGAAAAUACAAAAAUUCCUAUAGAGAACGUUAUUGGAGAAGUUGGAGGAGGGUUUAAGGUUGCAAUGAAUAUUCUAAACAGUGGAAGAUUUAGCAUGGGCAGUGCUUCUGCUGGAAUGCUUAAGAAACUGAUUGAGAUGACUGCAGAGUAUGCUUGCACAAGAAAACAAUUCAAUAAGAAGCUGAGUGAAUUUGGAUUAAUUCAGGAGAAAUUUGCCCUUAUGGCUAGGAACGCUUAUGUAAUGGAAAGCAUGGCCUAUCUCACUGCAGGAAUGAUGGACAGGCCAGGAAUCCCAGAUUGUUCUGUUGAAGCUGCCAUUGUUAAAGUGUUCAGUUCAGAAGGUUCUUGGGUUUGUGUGAGUGAAGCACUGCAGAUUCUUGGAGGCCUUGGCUACAUAAAAGACUAUCCGUAUGAACGCUAUCUCCGGGAUUGUAGGAUACUUAUGAUUUUUGAGGGAACAAAUGAAGUUUUGAGGAUGUAUAUUGCUUUGACCGGCAUACAAUAUGCAGGCAAAAUCUUAACUGAAAAAAUAAGAGAAUUCAAGAAAAGGAACGCAAAAGUGAUGUGGAAUGUGGUUGUGAGCAGGCUGUUUGGCAGCAAGCCUCCAAGCAUAGGACUAAUUGGACAUGGGGGAGUAGUUCAUCCCAGUCUCAAAGAAAGUGUUGAGAAACUUGAACAAAAUGUCUUUGAGUUUGGAAAGACAGUUGAAAAUUUACUAACGAGGUUUGGCAAGACUAUUGUGGAUGAGCAGAUGGUUCUUAAAAAAGUGGCAAACAUUGUCAUUAAUAUAUAUGCAAUGACUGCAGUCAUAUCCAGGGCUAGCCGAUCUAUCUGCAUUGGUUUGAGUAAUCAUGAUCACGAGGUGCUGCUUGCAAAUAUUUUCUGCACAGAAGCUUGUUUUGAGAAUAAUUACACAAUAGUAUCAUUACAAAAAGAUUCUCCUGAAAACCUGGAUGACAGCAUUAAAAAAGUGGCAGAUCAGGUGCUGGAAAAAAGAACCUACAUUUGUUCGCACCCCCUAAAUAGGACUUUCUGAAAGCUGAAAAAUAUUACUAGAGCCAGAGAACAUAGUAACUGAAUGUAUUCCAACUGGAUCCUUGGGUAUGUUCUUAGAUCUGAGGAAAAAUGCAUGACUAAUAACAUGUACGGUUUCAUAUUUUACAGUGCAAUUUUAUAAAAUACAAUAAAGUAAUAAAUUACAUAA